AUGUUUGAUCGAAUCACUUCGCGUUGCGUGACGGCGGCGGUCACGAGAACGCGCUCAACCUUCCAGGGGAGAGAGGCGCGCCGACUCUCGAUCUCGCCCAGAGAACGGCCGGGGUGUGACGCCACCAGGCCGCAAAACAUCGCAAUCAGAGCGUCAAACGAUGCCCGUUCUUAUUCGACGGGCGACGAACGAGGAUACCUGGAGCCAAGGGUGCAACAUUUGGGCACGCCGCUCAAUUCACUCGAUUGCGGCACCUUGUUCAUCGUCAAGGUGCCAACCAUUGGUAACGGCGUGGAGCACGGGAAGAUACACGAGUGGCACAAACGCAGGGGCGACCAGGUGGAUCUUGGCGAGCUCAUUUGCGUCAUAGAGACCGACCAGGUAAGAGUAGACAGCAUGGCACGACAUCGUUACGAAGGUGUUUGUGAGGGUGCACUCACAGGUUGCCGGUACUGUGGUAGAGACGGGUGCAAGGUCAACGUCGGCGGCGACCUCAUUAUAAUACGUCAGGACGAAGAAGCUGACGAAGAGGCAUCGGAUGAACCAGAGGAGGAAUAA